ACAAACACAACUCAACUUAUCAAAUCCUUAUUUUUUUAUUUUGCGUCUCUUGCGUGACUCAAGAAUCAAACAACAACACAAGUGUCAAGAAGAACCAAAGCCACGAACAAGAAAGGCCAAGAACCUCAUCAAGAUCCUUCUUUAAUCGUCUUCUUCUCAAUUCAAUCUCUGCAGAAAUGGAAGAAGUUUUAUUCGAUGAUAUUCUUGGCGAGAUAUUUACAAGGUUGUCAUCGUCUUCUUCUUCGUUACCUUCUUUCGAAUCGGUUCCUCUUGUUUCAAAGCGAUGGCUUCGUCUCUACAGAGCAUCAAAGACUUCCAUGUCUUUACAAUUCAGUCCUCACGACGGUUCUGUGAUGACCCUUUUGCCCUCUAUCCUCCGUAACCAUCCUUCUCUCUCUUCCCUCAAUCUCUGCUUCCCUGUCACCAUCAGAACCAAAGCCACAAACCCAAUUCGUUCUUAUGACGAGUCUCUCAAGGCUCAAACGAGUUUUAACGAUGAACUCAUCUCAAUCAUAUCUUCUUGCUGCUUCAAUCUCAAAAAUUUCAGUUUCUUGAUCAAUCCUAUCUCUUCAUCUUCUUUGCUUCCUCUGGCUACUUCUUUAUCUCUCACUUCUCUAUCUAUCAAACUGUGGAAACCACAAAACUCAGAUUUCACUUGGAUUGCUCUGUUUUCAUCUCUCAAGGAGUUAUCAAUCGAUGUUCAGUCAACGAGUUCUCCAGCUUCCGGGUCUAAUCCAAACCCGGAAGUUGUAGAAUUGGGUUUGGAAUCGGUUUCUUUAUCCGGAAUCCAAUCUGAUGAUACUCGAGUUACCUGGUUAUGGAGGAGUUGCAGAAAGUUAAAGAAACUGAAACUGAAACAUUGCGGAAGCGUUGGAGAAUCCGAGUUCUUCGGGUUGUGUCUGAAGAACGUGGAAGAGAUUGAGUUAAUAACGUGUAGGAGUGUGGUUGAUGUUGUCUUGCUGAAAGUUACAGAGAUUUGUGAGUCUUUGAAGUCUCUGUUGAUACAUGAUGGUGGAAGCAAAGAUGGGUUGGUUCACUUCAUGAACAAUGCUGCUAGGUGUUAUGAUACUUUGGAAAGACUUGACUUGCGUCUACCUAUGGAUUUGAACGAUGAUCAUCUAGUCUCUCUGGCUGAGAAUUUCAAGUCUCUGUCUAGUAUUAGGCUUACAAGCUCUACUUUUGUGUCUGGUUUGAGUCUAAAGAUGCUAGCUUUAAGCUUUAGUUCGAGUCUUGAAGAGCUUUCAUUGCUCAGCUGCAACGCGAUUGAACGAGAGCGUGGUUUGUUGGCGACGUUAGGACAGGAUUUGAGGAAGUUAAGGAAACUAGAUCUGACAAGGAACGAGUGGUUGUUCGACAAAGAAGUUGUAUCGAUGUUAGCUUCUUGCAACGGUUUGGUUGAGUUGGGUUUGAGAGAUUGUAAGCAUUUGACAGGUGAAGUGUUGGUGGCUUUGAACAAACAGGGUUUGAAGUUGAAGACUUUAGACAUUGUAGGUUGUCGGUUGAUGCAGUCUGAUGAUGUGGAGGCUUUUGUGAUGAACAACAACUCUUCUAGAUGGUUGAAGAAGCUUGUGGUUGAAGAGAACCAGAUUACAGAAGAUAUACUCAACUUGGCUGCGAGUAAGUUAAUUGAAACUGUUGUGUUUCCUUCUCUCGUUUGGUAGUGUCUUCAGUUGGAUUGGUGUGUUUGAAUAAAGGAAAGCCCAAUGCAAUGAUGUGGCAUUCUAAUACUAUUUAGGGGAAUUAUCUGUAUUUAUGGAAUAUGCAAAGAGGAAAGUUGUAAUAAACUCUUAUCCUAAGGAAGAAUAAUUAAGUUAAAUAAUAGAUUCAAC